AUGGGACGGGACCAGGGGACAGGGGAUGGGGCCAGCAGACGGGGAUGGGGCCAGGGGACGGGGUAUGGUGCCAGGGGACGGGGCCAGGGGACGGGACUGGGGAUGAGGCCAGGGGACGGGGGAUGGGGCCAGGGGACGGGACGGGGAUGGGGCCAGGGACGGGACGGGGAUGGGGCCAGGGAACGGGACGGGGGAUGGAGCCAGGGGACGGGAUGGGGGACGUGGCCAGGGGACGGUACGGGGAUGGGGCCAGGGGACGGGGUAUGGGGCCAGGGGACGGGACAGGGGAUGAGGCCAGGUGACGGGACGGGGGAUGGAGACAGGGGACGGGACGGGGAUGGGGCCAGGGUCGGGGGAUGGGGCCAGGGGACGGGACGGGGGAUGGAGACAGGGGACGGGACGGGGAUGGGGCCAGGGGACGGGACGGGGAUGGGGCCAGGGGACGGGCGGGGGAUGGGGCCAGGGGACGGGACGGGGGACGUGGCCAGGGGACGGGACGGGGGAUGGGGCCAGGGGACGGGACAGGGGAAGUGA